AUGCAUCUUAUCGAGACAACAGUUACUACAGUUACCACUAACAAUCAUAUCUUUUCGAAACAACACUGCCAAGUACUCCAAAAUAAACGACAAACUAUAGAAAAUAGUAUAAAUAUAUCAACCUGUGAACCCAAUGAAACUCGUAUGGAAAAUCUCGAUAAUAAUUCUGUUAAGAAACUUUCAGAGGUUACAAAUUCUCAAGACGGUUAUGUGCUAGUGACUGGUGGUGCUGGUUACAUUGGCAGUCAUACUGUUUUAGAACUUUUAUUAAAUGGUUAUAAUGUCGUUGUUAUCGAUAAUUUGUCUAAUUCAUGUGAAGAAUCAUUAAUUCGAGUUCAAAAGCUCGCAAGGCGACCAUUAAAAUUUCAUCAUGCUGAUAUUUUGGAUGAAAAGACAUUAAUACCUGUAUUUGAGAAAUAUAAUAUUUGUGCUGUUUUACAUUUUGCUGCUCUUAAAGCUGUUGGUGAAUCAACAAAAAUUCCUCUCAAUUAUUACUGGAAUAAUGUAACAGGUUCUUUGAACUUAUUUAAAAUAAUGGAACGAUUUGGCGUUUAUAAUAUAGUAUUCUCUAGCAGUGCUACUGUAUAUGGUCAACCGGAUACAAUUCCAGUAAAUGAGAAAUGUAGUUUAGGCCCAGUUACAAAUCCAUAUGGAAAAACGAAAUUAUUUAUAGAAGAAGCCAUACGAGAUAUGUGCACAGCAAAUGACAAGUGGAAUGCCGUACUUUUAAGAUAUUUCAAUCCUACAGGUGCUCAUCCAUCUGGUGUUAUUGGAGAAAACCCUCGUGGUAUUCCAAAUAAUCUAAUGCCUUAUGUCAGUCAAGUUGUUCAAGGCCGUUUACCUUUUGUUAAUAUUUUUGGUGGCGAUUAUGAAACAGUUGAUGGUACAGGAAUAAGAGAUUACAUUCAUGUUUGUGACCUGGCAACGGGCCAUGUUGCAGCACUUCGAAAGUUAAAAACAAAGCCUGGUUGUGUAGCUUAUAAUCUUGGUACAGGUGUUGGAUAUUCUGUCAUAGAAAUAAUUCAGGCCAUGUCAAGAGCGUGCGGUAAAAAGAUCCCUUACAAAAUCUCUAAAAGACGUCCUGGUGAUAUUUCAGUUAUAACAGCAGAUGCAAGUCUGGCAAAUAUUGAAUUAGGUUGGUACCCAAAGUAUAACCUAGAUCAAAUGUGUCAAGACCUUUGGCGCUGGAUUGAUUCCAAUCCAUUAGGAUAUCCAGAGCCAUCCAACGAAUCAAAACAAAACUUUCUAAAAAUGUCAUCUUGA